AUGGAACCAGAGACCUCCGCCGCGCCCAGCGCUCCGAUGGCUGAUCUGAAGGCGGCCAAAGCGAAGCGUGCCAACGAAGCGCGCGCUAAACGCACAGAGGAGCGCAAAGCAAAGCGUAGCAUCAAGGCCGAAGCCAAGAAGGCCCGCAAAGCCAACGUCAAACCCUCGGCCAAGUGGACACCGGAGCGCAAAGCAGAACUGAAGGCAAAGGGGAAAGCCAAGCGCCCAGCCAAGACCGAGCGGAAAAAGGCACGCCUGCUCAUUCGAGCGCAGAAGCUACGGACGCAGGCCGAGAAGAUGCUAUCUGAGGCCAGGAAGGCUGAGUUGCAACACCAGCAGUGGGUUCGAGAGCAGGCUAAGUUGAAGGAGGCACAAGGGAACGGGGACGCCGAAAUGAAAGACGAUACAUCUGAUUCUGAGUCGAGCUCCGACUCGGAAUCCGACUCUUCCGACUCCACCUCCACCUCCAGCUCUGACUCGGGAUCGGAAUCGGACGAUGGCGGCGUAGCUGUCAAAACAGAAGUCAAGACUGUCCCAGCCGACGAGGUUGUCAUGAAGAAACGACGCGAGAGCGACGCUGCCUCCGUUCUGAGCGUACCCCCCGCCUCCGACACCGAAACGAAGAAGAGCAAAAAGGAGAAGAAGAAGGGAAAGAAAGAGCAGAAGGAAAAGGACGUCAAGGAGCCAGCCAAGAAGCGCAAGAGCGAGGAUGAUGGCGAGAAGAAGACCAAGUCGAAGAAGCGCAAGUCCGAGGACGUCGUCGAGGAAGCCGCCGCCGGCGACAAUGAGAACUGGAACGUGGACGAGCUCGAAGGAGGCGAGGCUCGUCAGGCCAAGAUGAUGCGCCUCUUGGGUGGUGGCAAGGCCAGCGCACCGGUGGCGGCGGCCAAGAAGGCAGCCAAGUCAAAGGGUAGCUCGACAAAGGCGGAAGCAGAGAUUCAGCGCCAAUUUGAGGAGGGAAUCAAGGUGAAGAACGAAGGCGGCAACCAGCGUCGCGGCCUAGGAGCGUAG